UGGAUGCGUGUGUGCGUGUGUGUGGUUAUAUGGAUGUAGAGACGCACGCCUCUCUCUCCUUUAUUCCCUCUCUGCUCUUUAAGGGCUUUACCACUACAACCAACAUCCCAAAGCAGGCCACUCACCACAUUACCUCUGCUCUUUCGUCUCCUCCAAGACCAGUGCCUGGACUCCAGCGGCUUCAAAGGACUUCUCUGGAGGCAAACAACUUUUUAGAAGAGUGAUAAAUGUUUGGCGUUUGCUUUUGGCUUUCCGGCCAGAGCUACAUGUGCUGGGCUGAGCGUUGGAGCUACUAUACGGCGCAAUCCUCUGUUUCCUGUGUGUGUAUGUUUUCUGUCUGCCUUCACACAAAACAGCAGGAGGAUAAACUUUCCCCAAGAAGACUCUGGAUGCAAACGCAAACAGUAGGACUGGCCAGAUAAGGAGAAGUGAAAGUUUUAAACCAAGACUGGAGAAACAGGAGUUGAAACCAGAAGAAAGUAAAGCAGAAGACUCGAUUCUACAGAAGCACAGAAAGAAAUUUCACUAAAAGAACACACGGAAGGGAAACCUAACUCAGCCACCCUAAAUAGGUGGUGAAGGCUCCUUUUUCCCUCACCCCCCUCCCCGCUUCCCUCUUCCCUCCUCUCGCUGCAACAUGGGCCACCUCCUCUCUCUUACUCUCAUCUACCUGGCCUACCUGCUGACCACAGGGAUCGCCUCCCAGCGUCAGCAGCACCGCGUGCAGCAUGGCCCUUGCACCUACACCUUUAUUCUUCCAGAGGUCGAGCACUGCAAGCCCCUAAAGGAUUUCCAGGUGACAAACACGCUGCAGAGAGACUCGCCACCUGAGACCGAGGCGGACAAAAGCCGCUCCAAGGACAGUUUAGCAGAAGAGGAAAGGCCUUCGUGGCAGCAGCAAAAGUUGGAGACUCUGGAGAGCACCAUGGAGAAUAACACUCAAUGGCUGCAGAAGCUGGAAAACUUCAUCCAGGAGAAUGUACGCUCUGGUGUGGAGGAAAUAAAGAGGUCAACAGUCCACACCCAGACGGCCGCCAUGCUGGAGAUGGGAAACAACCUCCUCAGCCAAUCAGCAGAGCAGACUCGCAAACUCACGGAUGUUGAGACCCAGGUGCUAAACCAGACAAGUCGCCUAGAGAUCCAGCUGCUUGAGUACUCACUCUUUACAAACCGCCUAGAGAAACGCAUUCUCCUACAGACCCAAGAAAUUUCACGCCUCAGUGAUAAAAACAGCUUCCUAGAACAGAGGCUCUUGGCGCUGGAGGCGCGGUAUGGGAAGGAGCUGCAGGACUUGCACGGCGAAAAGCAGCAGCUUCAAGAUGUUCUGGAGAGGCAGAGUCGCCUGGUCAGCCAGCUCGAGGGUGAGCUCGGAAGCUCAACGCUCAACAGCACCACACUGCAGAGGCAGGCAGACACUGUCGAGCAGCUGCUGACAAGAGUCAGACAAUGCAAUGAAAUCUCUAACUUGCCCAAAAAGGAGAGACCUGCUUUCGGGGACUGUGCAGAGAUUCUCCGAUCUGGGGCAAAGGAGAGCGGAAUAUACAGCAUACGACUGCACAACUCCACCCAGGACAUAAAGGUGUAUUGUGACAUGCAGACCAGAGGUGGCGGGUGGACGGUGCUGCAGCAUCGAAGGAACGGCUCAGUCGACUUCCACCGCAGCUGGAACGACUACAAAAUGGGCUUUGGAGAGCCAUCAGGGGAACACUGGCUGGGAAACGAUAUCAUUCACAAGCUGACCAGCUCACAGGAAUACAGUCUGCACAUCCAGCUCCGAGACAGAGAGGGGAACGAAGCCUACUCACAUUACGACCGCUUUUACAUAGACGAAGAAGUCAACAACUACAGCCUUCAUGCCGACGGAUUCAGCGGCACCGCCGGCAAAACCAGCAGUCUCACCCACACUGGGAGCCAAUUCAGCACCAAGGACAGAGACAACGACCGCUGCACGUGCAAGUGCGCUCAACUGGCCUCGGGAGGAUGGUGGUUCGACGCCUGCGGCCCAUCCAACCUGAAUGGCAUAUAUUACCCCGUUUCAUCCAACGUACUCCGCUUUAAUGGCAUUAAGUGGUACUACUGGAAGGGUCCGAAUCUGCUGGCUACCAUGACAACCAUGAUGGUCCGCCCUGCUGACUUCAGAUGAAAUUGCCGUGUAGCUCGAUGGAUCGUUGGGAACUUAAUGUUGCAGAUGAAUGUAAUUAAUCAACCAACGGCAAUGAAUAAAAAAAUAUAUGGGGCCAAGAAGUCUUCCAACGCAGACCACCAUACAGUUUGUUAAAAAGGGACUCAUACCAGUGUUUCUGAAAGAAUCAUUCUUCUGUCGCCACAUUGGACUUUCAGUGACAAAAUGUGGACUAAAGGAUCUUCAAGAGCAACACUUCUGUUGUUUCAGACAUGUCAUGUUAGACGUUUGCUUUCACUUUACAAAUGAGUGGAGUAGAUUUAUGCACUUAAACUUGGUUAAAUUUAGGAUUUAAAACAAUGUACAUGACUAGGAAAUGUAAUAAUAAUAAUAAUAAUAAUAAUAAUAAUAAUAAUUAAACCGUUUUUAUAGACAGAAGGGAUAAAACUUUUCAAAGAUGUGUGGCACUACAACCAAAAUACCUGGAAGAAAUACAGCAAGCAUGUUUAAACGCUACAGUGAUGAAGAAUGUUGUGUAAUGGAGUAUUGCAAAUAGGCCCAUUGGUUAGGUUUUGGAAUACAAAUCACCUGGUUUUACAAGUGUAAUUGUACAAUAAGAUACAUUUAAUUGCAAUAUAAAAUGCCCAGUCACUAAACUAUUUGCUUAUGUUUAGGAUCUGAUGGGUUUUUAUCAUUUGAAAUGUUUCCGACACCAGGAAAACAUUGCGAAGGAGUUCAGGGAUUACAUAUUUUGUCUAAUGUAGUGUUGUGAGCAAAACCAAUGGCUAUGAUUGUGGAUUGAAAACAAAGUAGAGGAACAACAGUGGUUAAAAUGAAAGCAGAAAUAGAGAGAGGUCUUUUUCUAUUAUGUUAAAUAGUGUGGCCAAAAUUUGUGGUAAGAUUUAGGAGUUCAAAUAACAUGGUUAGCCAUAUGAAACAGUGUAAAUAUUGUGAAAGACUGCAAAGAUUCAUCAUGUGCAGCGUUAUGAUUGAUGCGCUUGGUUAGGUUAAUUUCAGGCAAAGGAAACAUGGCAAACAUCAUGUUAGAUGUCAAUGAUAAACAUUCUUUUUCAUACAGAGUUGUGAGCAAAACAGUGAAGUUUAGAAACUAAAAUACAGUUCUCACGGUAACUCUCGGAGUGUGAACGACUCCAAAGAUUGAGAUAUGGUGGUUUGUACAUUGUACAGCGCUUUGACUAAAAUACAAAUAUAUAUCAUUUUGAAUAAAAAGAAUUAAACAGAUUACUAAUGACUACAAAGAUGAAGUAUUUCAUGUAAUGUAUGAAAAUAUGAGAAAAAUACUUGCUUAAAUUUUAAGAACCAAAAGAACCUAAUCAAUUGGAAAAAGCAGUCCAAGUCUUUGGAGCGACAUUGAUCGUGUUUUGCGUUUGUGGAGUCCAAGCAGCAUGUUUAGAUGUUGUAAAUAUUCUGUAAAUAUUUCUUAAAGAAUGCAUAUGGUGUCAUGCAGUGUAUUUUGAAGUAAGUGUUUGGUGUAGGAAACAAAUUGAGCUUGAUUAGAUGUUCAAAAAGAUUGCUUUUUGGACUUAAUACUUCAAAAAAGUUACAACCAUGUAACAGUAGGAUAUAAAACAGGUUGACAAGGUACAUUUUGGCAAAAGGUAUGAUGACUAAAACAGCUUACUAAAAGGAACGUGUUCAUGUGUCACGCUAAGUGUGAGUGAAAGAGUGAAAUUUACAGGAUUUCAUUUUCUGAACUUUCUGCACAAUAAAAUUUAGGCAUGAGAAAUUACUAGACACAUGGAUCGUGUUAUCCCACUCAGAGCAACAAUGAUUUUAUCCUGCUGCUUUCGUAUGCAAUCAAUAACUUGCCUCCUAAAACACCUUCAGGGUGAAGCUCUUUGAAAGUUUUAAGGCACCAAAGUUUUAUUGAAUGCCUUGUGACAGUUUUUUCAGCAACUCAAUGGAAAUGUAUUCCAGCUUGCAGUUUGGCUGUUUAACGUUGUUCCAACAAACCCAUAAAGAACAACAACUAUAACUGGCUUUGCCCCUUUACUCAAUCACCCAAAGGGUUUUAUUUUUCAAUAAAGUAUAUCUAAUUCAUUCAACAUACACACCUAUCAUAAAACUUUAUUUGUUGGAGGUUCAGCUCAUAAAAGUACAUCAUACUACGGUGGGAUUUACUGUGUAGAAGGAAUCAUUUGUAAAAUAAAUAAAUAAAUAAAAACCAUCUGUAAACAAG